UUUACUGUACCUUACUGUACUGUACUAUAACAUACUAUAAUGUACUUUGCUGUACUAUAAUUGGGGUUAUGCCUUGUUUCCUUAACAUUUACCCAACAGUCUUGAAUGUACUGAAGCAGCAAGUAGGUCACUACCUUUAUGUGCUCCACACUUUCCUCUGACUAAAAAGAUUCUGCCAUUGAAGUACUGUAUGAAUUUAGCAGUAGUGGAGCAGACUGUUUCUAUUAUAGCUGUAUCAAAGACUCUGCCCUCACUCCCUGAGAAAUUCUCACUCCACUGUCUUGCUAACAUCCUAAUUAUUCUUCCUUGUAGAAAACAGAGAAGGUGAAUCUGUUAUUACAAGACUCAACAGAUAGUUUAUGAGUAGAGAUCCAAUUGAUCAAGAUAUAGAUGAUUCAUUUUGUGAGUCAAGUCUUAUAUAUUUUAUUAAUAAUUUUUACCACUUUCAGGUUUUGUAGAGAGUAUUUCUCUUAGCUGGUGCAGUUCACACCUUCUGAACUCUGCUGACAACCUCAGGUCCAGUGGUGUCAGCACAAGAGUGAAAGUAUUCAGUCACCUUUUCUACAGUCUCCUUCAUGUGUCCAGUACCAAGUAUCACCAUCAGCAUCCAGGAAAGUGAACAGUGUUGUGCUAUUUUGCUCAUCCCAAAUAUUCUUAAUAAUGAUUUUAUGGCAGUCAACUAAAGGUGAAUGAACAUUAAGCGAUGUUUGGAGAUACAACUGUAAAAGACGAGGCGCCAUGUAGUACUUUCCUCACAGUCUGUUUAUCUGUCAGCCUUACUUCAUUUUAAGUUAACUCAGAUGAACAUUUUUAUUUAAAUCAUUUGUUUAAUGAUUUGAUGUAAAGAGAAAAUUUCACUGUCACCAUUAACAUUGUUUCAUGGCCAUAUUCCACAAUCUCGUCUGUUAGUUGGUUGGUUUUAUGGCCACACUCCAGUAAGGCCAAGUACAGCCAAGAUGACCACCAUCUGAGAGACCACAAGCCCAAGAUAUUUGGGGAAAGAAACAAUGAAUAUGGAAGGUGACACUGAAGAUCUCCCUCAAGGUUCACAAUGCCAUGAAGAUUUUAAAAAAGACUGUCUUGUAAAGCAUGUGGGAGAUCACCCAUCAGAGACACUUUUUAACACAGGAGAGAAGUUCCAGUGUUCAGAAUGUUCUAGAUCAUUUACUAAAAAAUCUAGUUUAGUACAACAUAUGAGGGUUCACACAGGAGAGAAGUUCCAGUGUUCAGAAUGUUCUAGAUCAUUUACUAAAAUAUCUAGUUUUGUACAACAUAUGAGGGUUCACACAGGAGAGAAGUUCCAGUGUUCAGAAUGUUCUAGAUCAUUUACUAAAAAAUCUAGUUUAGUACAACAUAUGAGGGUUCACACAGGAGAGAUGUUACAGUGUUCACAAUGUACUAGUUCAUUUAUUAAAAAAUCUAGUUUAGUACAACAUAUGAGGGUUCACACAGGAGAGAUGUUACAGUGUUCAGAAUGUACUAGUUCAUUUACUUAUAAAUCUAGUUUAGUUGAACAUAUGAGGGUUCACACAGGAGAGAUGUUACAGUGUUCAGAAUGUACUAGUUCAUUUACUUAUAAAUCUAGUUUAGUACAACAUAUGAGGGUUCACACAGAAGAGAAGUUCCAGUGUUCAAAAUGUACUAGUUCAUUUAUUAAAAAAUCUAGUUUAGUACAACAUAUGAGGGUUCACACAGGAGAGAUGUUACAGUGUUCAGAAUGUACUAGUUCAUUUACUCAGAAAUCUCAAUUAGUACAACAUAUGAGAGUUCACACAGGAGAGAAGUUCCAGUGUUCAGAAUGUACUAGUUCAUUUACUCAGAAAUCUAGGUUAGUUCAACAUAUGAGGGUUCACACAGGAGAGAUGUUACAGUGUUCAGAAUGUACUAGUUCAUUUACUUAUAAAUCUCAAUUAGUACAACAUAUGAGAGUUCACACAGGAGAGAAGUUCCAGUGUUCAGAAUGUACUAGUUCAUUUACUCAGAAAUCUAGGUUAGUUCAACAUAUGAGGGUUCACACAGGAGAGAAGUUCAAGUGCUCAGAAUGUACUAGUUCAUAUACCCAUGAAUCUAGUUUAGUACAACAUAUGAGGGUUCACACAGGAGAGAUGUUCCAGUGUUCACAAUGUACUAGUUCAUUUACUAAAAAAUCUAAUUUAGUACAACAUAUGAGAGUUCACACAGGAGAGAUGUUCCAGUGUUCAGAAUGUACUAGUUCAUUUACUAAUAAAUCUAGUUUAGUUGAACAUAUGAGGGUUCACACAGGAGACACACCAUAUCAUUGUACAAAAUGCAAUAAAUCCUUCACAAAGAAGUGCCGUAUGAUAAGGCACAUAAGAGUUCAUACAAGAGAAAAAUUUCAGUGUUGUGAUUGUCAAAAAUGUUUUCCCAGUAGAGUGAGUCUCACAAGGCAUAGUAGAACUCAUCUGACUUCUUACAGUAAAGUUCAUGCAAAAGAUAAUAAAUGCCACAAAAAAUAUGAUAAUAAACAAAGGCUGAAAAAAUGUGGUGAGGAGAAGUCAGGGAGUGGUAGGAGAUUCACCCAGAGGAACCACCACCUUGGUGCUCUCGGGAGCCACACAACAGAAAAACGAGCGGGCAAUGACCUGAACAGUCCAGAGCCGAGCCACAAUAAUUGUCGGGAACUGCCCACUUCCUCUCAUAGUGAAGAUGAGUAUAGCCUCUCUUACCAGUGUAAGACAAAGGCUGUGUGUAAACUAGCAGAUAAUGACCUUGUAGUGAGUAGAUCAACACAUUUCAUAGACUGGUCAGGUCAUGGAGUUAAAGAUGAACCUGUUGAUGGUCAACCUUCAAUCUUAAGUAUAUCAGAAGAUCCACUUCAAUCUGAGAUGGUUCCUCCAUCUUCUAUAAAAUUAGAGAGCCUUAAGGAGGAAUUUGAGUUUCUUGAGGAAGAAUUGUGAAACCUUAUUAACAUAUUGUGUGUAAUGCAAGCUUGUGUAUGUUUAUAUUAAUAAAUAUAUACUGAGAA